AUGACUUUACUGCAUUCAAGUUGCAUGAAUGUAGUAAUAAGAUAUGGAGUAUAUGUUGGCCACAGGGCGUUUUGCCCCGCUGCCAAGUGUUUCCAUAUGCAUUCGGAAUUGUCCAACUGUCGCCCACUGUACAUUCUUGGAACAUCUCAAUUCUCCUUUCUCUUUGAAUUACAUUCUAUUUGUAGAAUAAGACGCUUCUUAAUACGACAUGACCCAUUGGAUGACCAGUUAGGGAGUACAGUCACAGAGCUUAACGACCAUACAACGCAAAUCACUAUCAGAUACUCCGGUAUUGACUGA